AUUUUGACAAAAAAAAAUUGUCGUCCGGUCAAUUGAACAAGUGUUCUCCGGACUCCGAGUUUCAACAUCCCAAUGGAGUCGGUGAUGAUCCAGUAAACCCCAGCAUUAUCCACCAAAUUCUCUCUCCUCUGAGGCUCUGACUUGUUAAGUUGUUACCGUCAACAUCAUCAUCAAUGGCCGGAAAUUGGUUACCACCAGCUGAACUGACCACAAGCGGACGACCCGUACUUUCCUCAGGCGAAGUAGAAUGCUUCCUUCUCUCCGCCGUCGAUAUCCAACCCGACGUUGACCCAUCUCUCUCCUCUUACACCUCCGGCGUUCUCACUCUCACUACCCACCGACUCAUCUGGAUCUCCUCAAACGACGCCGUUUCCAUCCCCCUUUCCCAACUCACCCACAUCUUCCCCCCAAAAAAAUCCCUCAAAUCCAUGCUCUCUAUUUCCAGCCCUAGGGUUAAGCUCCAGCUUUCUCUCUCCUCAAUGGGUCCUACUGUGGUGACGCUGGUGAUGCGGGGGAAGUCUGAUAAUCAUGACUUGUUCUAUGAGAAGCUUUGGGAGGCGUGGAGGGGGAGAGCCUGGGAGAAUUCGGGUGGUAAGCCCACAGAGGCGGAAGCCGAAGCCGAAGCCACUAGCGUAGCGAUUAAGGUACCUGUUGUUGGGUUGGCAGGGAUAUUGAGGAAAGAACAGGAGAUGUGGGAGAGUACUGAUAAGACCUUGCAAGAUGCUUUCCAGGACUUGAAUGCUCUCAUGAGUAAAGCGAGGGAGAUGGUGAUGUUGGCAGAGAAGAUGAGGCAAAAGCUUUUGGCAGCACCAAAUAAUCACUCCAGUGUUGCAAGUGAUGAGGAGAUGGGGUCUAAAGAAGAGAUGCAAGAUUGGUUGCUCAGUGUUGGUAUCAUAUCUCCGGUUACAAAAGAAUCUGCGGGUGCCUUAUAUCAUCAGCAGUUGUCUCGUCAGUUAGCAGAUUUUGUCAAGGUUCCACUGGAGAGAGCUGGAGGAAUGAUUAACCUUAUUGAUAUUUAUUGUCUUUUCAAUCGUGCUCGUGGGACAGAAUUGAUCUCCCCUGAUGAUUUAUUGCAAGCAUGCACUCUCUGGGAGAAGCUUGAUGUUCCUAUAAUGCUGCGAAAGUUUGAUAGUGGUGUUAAGGUCAUUCAAAGCAAGUCCCAAAGUGAUGAAGAGGUUUUUGGUAGAAUCAAAACUCUUGUGCUGAAACCGGAAGCUCUCCAAAUAGGAGUAAGUGCAAGUGAUGCUGCAAUGACGCUUGGGAUAGCCCCAACUAUGGCCAAGGAGCAUCUUCUCGCUGCCGAAAGCAAAGGUCUACUUUGCAGGGAUACCAGUCCGGAUGGCUUCAGAUUUUUUGUUAAUUUAUUUCCAGAAAUCAAUUUGGACGACAUAUACUUGGUGAAAGAUGCUGGGGUUUAUGCUUCCUGGGUUGCUGCUGUCUCCCCAUCUUAAUCAAAGAUUUACGUGAAAGUAAAGGUCAAAGACAGUCUUUGUCUUCCCGCUCGAGUCUGAUAAUGUCCGAUGCAUAAAAUCCUGUUUGUUUGGUGGUAAUAACAUAUCAUUACAGGAUCAUCACCGGCAUUUCAUAUAUGACGACUAAGAAUGCAUACCAAGCGUUGUGUCCUUUUUUUGGGGUCAGGGGAAGGGGGUUUGUAUCUUUUGUAACAUAGCUCUUCUGAUGUAUCCUCCUCAAAGGUUGUGAAAAUUGUAAUCUUCAUCUUAUCAAGGUUAGAUUGGGUUCUUCUCUUUUUGUUUUCCAUAGCUUCCUUUUCUCUCAAUUACGAAUUUGAAUUUUCCAAGCGCAACACAUGCUUGUUGCACGGCUUGCACUAUUAAUAGGUGCGACAUCUUCCCAUGGAUGACACUGGAUAAAGUCCCAAUUAGUACAUGCUACAUUCGGCGGCAUUUUGUAAUAAUUGCAAGUUUCAAUGGUGUUCUCGCAUCCCUGUACACUUUGACUUAAACGAUAUACUAAAUUUUGUAUAAGACUACUUUGCAAUAAAGUUAUGGCAAGUUUAUCUCA